AUGCGACGGAUGGGCGCCGAGGAGGUGGCUGGCCGACGGCUGGCCGAGGCCGAUCUGUGGUUCACCUUCGAACAUAGCAUGAGCUUCAAGCUCGUCCAGUCCCGCUUCCUCCAAGCUAUCAUGUCUCUCGACCCUAACCAGCUCAUGACCAUCCUUCAACGACAUCCAUACCAUCCUGACACCCUGCUCCAACUCUCCGAAGUCUCGGCACACAACGAAGACCAGGGCCAAGCUACUCGCUUCCUCAACCAAGCCCUCUUCGUCAGCGAGAAAACUCUCUGGACUGCCUCCAGCUCUUUCUUCUCCUCCGGCACUGCUCGGCUCGACUUCAGACUCGUUCAGAAUCGUAACCUCUUCAAGGCGCUAGACCUUAAGCUCAAGCUCUUGCUCAAGCAGGGCUGUUACCGAUCUAGCUUUCAGACUUGCAAAUUCCUCUUCUCUUUGAACCCCUAUCAGGAUCCUUUUGGCGCUCUGCUGUGGAUCGAUUUCUUAGCUCCAAAAGCCAGCCAAGACCAAUUCUUCUUGGACUUUCUCGACAACUUGGCCGAUCUGCAGAACCGGGAUCCCAAUGGAGGGAUCUACACCGAAGCCUAUCCGGGCUUAUACUAUUCCAGAGCGUUAUGUUUGAGAGCUAUUGAGGAAAGGGAGCGGUGUUCAAACCAUGAUCCCAGUGACUUUGCGUUAGAAUCUGCCAUCCUGAGGUUCCCGCAGGUGAUCAAGCCACUAGCGCGCGCGACCGGGCACUCGAUACCGGUCGAAUACGAGCGGAUUGAGCGGGCGCAAGUGGAUGAGGGAUACACGGAAGACGCGGCAAAGAGCAUGCUCCAUCUGAAGGCCCGCAUCUAUGCCACACGGGCGGCCUCGUUGUGGAAAGUGCCCGAGACCUCGGCGUGGCUGCGCCGGAUCCUCGAGCGCGUUGUGCCCAAGUUCUCGCAGCCUGACGACCCCGACGUCCAGCUCGGCAUCCAGUUCGCUAGCAAUCCCCAGCUUCACUUGGUCGCUGCUGAAGGCAUUCAUCGUGCCGUCCUGGUCUCAGACGUCCAGGCGUUUAAAAACUUCCUUCCUCCAUCGGUAUAUUCCCAUUCGGCCACUGCAUUCUCGUUUGAUCCGUUACCGCCGGAGGGCGGGACGAGCUACGACGCCGAAUAUUUCAGGAAGACAGACGAGGCCGACGACCCUGAACAACGCAACCACCUUGUCAACCAGAUCCAGUUUGUCCUCCAGCUCGAUAACGACUUGCUCCAACCUCACCAACGCCAGGCCCUCCUCGCCCGCCUCGAUCGUCUCUUUGAAGAUCCCCCUGUCCCUCCUCCGAUUCCUCAUCAACACCAGGACCAGGACCACAACGUUGAUCAGGAUGCCGCUUCUGACAAUGACGAUCACUUGCCAAUGCCCGGAGCGUUUGCUCAUACUUCUUGA